AUGUCAAGUCAACCCCCCGCGACCGCAAAGGGGCAGGCCCCCACAACCCCCAAAGCCACUUCUUCAGACAGGUUGAAGGAUGGUGUUAGAGGUUUUACGCCCGCCUGGUUCACGAUUACAAUUGGCACUGGCAUCUUGUCCAAUUGCUUCACGAACUUUCCUUACGCUCAGACAAGUCAGGGCAUUCGAUUUGUCGCCUCUUUCGCCUUAUUCUUCAACCUGUUACUUUUUUGCGUCUUCACCUUCGUGUCACUCAUUCGCUUCGUUAUCUGGCCUCAGCAAGUCAGCAAGACCAUCAAUCAUCCAACUCAUUCCCUAUACUUCUCUACCGUGCCAAUGGCCGCAACUACCCUCAUCAACGUCACUAUCAACCUCGUCCAUAACGGCUACCACUACGGCGACAAGUCGUUCGUCUAUGGCUUGUGGAGUGUAUGGUGGAUCAAUGUAGCUGCAACGCUCUGGAUCGCAUUUGGUCUAAUUCACACCCUCGCAACUGUGCACACACAUUCAUUUGAGCAGUUGACGGCAGUUAAUCUCUAUCCGUCGCUUCCUCUGGGAGCGGCCGCAUCGACUGGUCCGUUGAUCGCGGUUGCUCUUGCUCCGUACAGCAUGAGCCACGCCCUCAUCUCGAUCGCUUUUGGCAUCGUCCUCGAAGUCUUCGCACUGUCGUUCCUCUUCAUGCUCACGACGAUGUACUUUUACCGUCUGAUCGUGCACGGAUAUCCGGGAGGGACAGCCGUGGUCUCGAUGUUCCUCACGAUAUCGAGUUUCGCGCAGCCCGGGGUCACGAUGGUGUACCUCGGCCAGGUGUUCCACGACAUCUUCCCUCUGCAGAACACCAACUCCGUGUUUCUCUCGCUACCCAACUUUGGGGACACGAUGUAUGUCCUAUGCGUAGCAUGGGCGGUCUGCUUGUGGGCGGCGACGACCAUGUGGCUCGGCUUCACCAUCCUAGCCGUCCAACGGGUCGCAAGACAAGGCAUGUUGCCGUUCAACCUGCCUUUCUGGAGUUUGAUAUUCCCGAUCGGCAUCUACGCAAUUCUGACGCUGCAACUAUAUCGGCAAUUCGACUCGACGUUCUUCAGGGUAUACGGCGCCUUCCUCGCGGCGGUCACAACGUUAUUAUGGCUGGCCGCCGUCUUGCGUACGAUGCGUACUAUACCAGAAGCGGGGAUCUUUGAUAAUAUGACCCUCGAGUCUGUGAACUUCGGCGAGAAGCGCAGUCAGAGCGACGCGGAGUCUCAACUUCAGGACGAGGACGAGAUUGAUAGCGCAGAGGACGACCCUCAGGCGAGAUUAUUUGGGCCUUGGGUAUGA